UAAACAGAAAACUCUUGUAAAGGACCUUUGUUAGAUUUUACGAAUACACGUGUGUGCCUUGAGGCAGCGUUCAUUUUUUUGUUUAAUGUGUAUGUUGAAAGCUUGACCAUGUUUGCCACUGCCAGCAUCUGCUCUUCUGGCUUCUGCUGUGCGUGUUCCCGUAGCAAGGAAGGAUGAGCUUUGUAGCCAAAUCCAUGCUGCUUCACUAGCCAUAACCCACUGCUUGCAUUUAGGAACAAAGUAAGAGGCCGAAUAUGUGGAGAUUAAAAGAUUAGGAAACUCUGGAUAUUGGCUGAUUUUUGAAGUUGAACCUAAGCUGUCUUAAGAACGUAACAGCUAAUACCAGUGCUACUACAACAGAUACUGAGGAACUCUGAUGCAGUGACUUCACGAUGAGGUGGUUGCUCUAACAAAAGGGUACACUCAAGCUCUGCAUAAUCCCAUACAAAGAUUUCUGCAACACUUCAUAUACUGGAUUCUGCUGGAAAUCAUUGAAAGGACCUCUUGAAUUUACAGAGUACUAAGUUGAAGGGAAAGCAAGAAGGGUAAGGUGAAAAGAUAGUUUAUCUUUUGUCAAGGUGAAAAGAGCAAGAGUUUUCAGUAUUCAAAUAUUUAAGUCACUUUUUUUCUCCCCCUUUUCUGCCUCGUGGGAAAAAGCCCUUUGAUUUCUAUUCUGUAAACUGUAAUUAAUGGUCAUUUGCUUCCUAGCUGCAUGAUUAAUUUCCUUGAGAUUUUGUUCCAGUGGCUGGCUUAAAUUUGCCCUUCAUUUGUACACAGGAAAUAGGUAAAUUUGGCUACCAGGAUUUUCUUGAUCUUUCCGGCUAGAGUCACAUACCACAGUUUCUUUGCCUGGGCUAAUUGCCCGAACAUUUAUAUAACUUUCUUUUUCUUGAUUAUAUUCCUACAGCUUCAUUCCAAUAGUGUUAAUAGGUAUUUCUGAGAACAUUCAGCGGUAAAUAUCCCGUGAAUGUAGCUCAGAGGAGAGAAGGUAGGUUAGGAAGUGGGGAAAGUCAUUUAGAGGGAGUAAAGAAAGUAAAGAGAGGCAAGAGAGAAGGUAGGCCGUUUUUGGGCAGACAGUGGACCCUGGCCAGGAACCAGGCUCUUGUCCCAUCCCCCUGGGCGGACAGAACUGCCAGGGAGGUUAAGGGAAGGUCAGGUAUUAUGAGGCAGUUAUUUUGAGGUUGGUGGUAUGAAGCACUGUCCUGGCACUCUUCCUGUUAUUCCGGUACCAGAAACCAGGUUACUAGUGGUAAUCUGCCUUGAAAAAUGCCUCUGACCUGUAAAUGCACCUGGAGAUUUUAAUGGCUUUGAAAAUUGAGGUGAUUUGAAGCCUUCAGUAAAACCACUUAGAGAAAUUAAAAGAAUUUCAGGGCCUGUUGGCUGGAUUCCUUGGUUUAUGUGGCUUUGUUGGUAGUCUAGUGGGUGUUCUUGACAGGAAUGAUUUGGAUUUAUUAAUGAUAGGCUUUCAAAUCAUAGUAAAACUGUGUCAGCCACUAUGGUAGGCAUUUUACAGAAGUUUUCUUUCUUAAUCCUCAUGAUUCUAUGAGGAAGUAUGGUAGAGUAUUAGUCCUAUUUUAAAGAUAAGAAAAUAGAGGCUUAGCAGUGUUAAGAGUGAUUGGUCCAAGUAAAUUUUUAUGAAGUCCUAGGCGGUAUUUUUCAAUAAGCUUUGUAUAACCACACUUAGCAAGCAGAUAACUUACUGGCACAUGCAUCAUUCCUGAUACCACCUCUCUCUUCCUUUCAUUCAGAAUUACUAAUUUCAGCUGGAUUCAAUUUGUUGUCAGUUGAUUCUGUAGUAAGGCCAUAUGUUGCCCCUCUGGAGGUGCUUGUCAACUACUCUGGACAAUGGAUGGAAAGAACUCAAGUGGAUCCAAGCGUUAUAAUCGCAAACGUGAACUUUCCUACCCCAAAAAUGAAAGUUUUAGCAACCAGUCCCGUCGCUCCAGUUCACAGAAAAGCAAGACUUUUAACAAGAUGCCUCCUCAAAGGGGCGGCGGCAGCAGCAAACUCUUUAGCUCUUCUUUUAAUGGUGGAAGACGAGAUGAGGUAGCAGAGGCUCAACGGGCAGAGUUUAGCCCUGCCCAGUUCUCUGGUCCUAAGAAGAUCAACCUGAACCACUUGUUGAAUUUCACUUUUGAACCCCGUGGCCAGACGGGUCACUUUGAAGGCAGUGGACAUGGUAGCUGGGGAAAAAGGAACAAGUGGGGACAUAAGCCUUUUAACAAGGAACUCUUUUUACAGGCCAACUGCCAAUUUGUGGUGUGUGAAGACCAAGACUACACAGCUCAUUUUGCUGAUCCUGAUACAUUAGUUAACUGGGACUUUGUGGAACAAGUGCGCAUUUGUAGCCAUGAAGUGCCAUCUUGCCCAAUAUGCCUCUAUCCACCUACUGCAGCCAAGAUAACCCGUUGUGGACACAUCUUCUGCUGGGCAUGCAUCCUGCACUAUCUUUCACUGAGUGAGAAGACAUGGAGUAAAUGUCCCAUCUGUUACAGUUCUGUGCAUAAGAAGGAUCUCAAGAGUGUUGUUGCCACAGAGUCACGUCAGUAUGUUGUUGGUGAUACCAUUACGAUGCAGCUGAUGAAGAGGGAGAAAGGGGUGUUGGUGGCUUUGCCCAAAUCCAAAUGGAUGAAUGUAGACCAUCCCAUUCGUCUGGGAGAUGAACAACACAGCCAGUACUCCAAGUUGCUGCUCGCCUCUAAGGAGCAGGUGCUGCACCGGGUAGUUCUGGAGGAGAAAGUAGCACUAGAGCAGCAGCUGGCAGAGGAGAAGCACACUCCCGAGUCCUGCUUUAUUGAGGCAGCUAUCCAGGAGCUCAAGACUCGGGAAGAGGCUCUGUCGGGAUUGGCUGGAAGCAAAGGGGAGGUCACUGGUGUUGUGGCUGCUUUGGAACAACUGGUGCUGAUGGCUCCCUUGGCGAAGGAGUCUGUUUUUCAACCCAGGAAGAGUUUGCUGCAACAGGGUGUGCUGGAGUAUCUGUCUGCCUUCGAUGAAGAAACCACGGAAGUUUGUUCUCUGGACACUCCUUCUAGACCUCUUGCUCUCCCUCUGGUAGAGGAGGAGGAAGCAGUGUCUGAACCAGAGCCUGAGGGGUUGCCAGAGGCCUGUGAUGACUUGGAGUUAGCAGAUGACAAUCUUAAAGAGGGAACCAUUUGCACUGAGUCCAGCCAGCAGGAACCCAUCACCAAGCCAGGCUUCACACGCCUCAGCAGCUCUCCUUGUUACUACUUUUACCAAGCGGAAGAUGGGCAGCACAUGUUCCUGCACCCCGUGAAUGUGCGCUGUCUCGUGCGGGAGUACGGCAGCCUGGAGAGGAGCCCCGAGAAGAUCUCAGCAACUGUGGUGGAGAUUGCUGGCUACUCCAUGUCUGAGGAUGUUCGACAGCGUCAUAGAUAUCUCUCUCACUUGCCACUCACCUGUGAGUUCAGCAUCUGUGAACUGGCUUUGCAACCUCCUGUGGUCUCUAAGGAAACCCUAGAGAUGUUCUCAGAUGACAUUGAGAAGAGGAAACGUCAGCGCCAAAAGAAGGCUCGGGAGGAACGCCGUCGAGAGCGCAGGAUUGAAAUAGAGGAGAACAAGAAACAGGGCAAGUACCCAGAAGUCCACAUUCCUCUCGAGAAUCUACAGCAGUUUCCUGCCUUCAAUUCCUAUACCUGCUCCUCCGAUUCUGCUUUGGGUCCCACCAGCACCGAGGGCCACGGGGCCCUCUCCCUUUCUCCUCUCAGCAGAAGUCCAGGUUCCCAUGCAGACUUUCUGCUGACCCCUCUGUCACCCACUGCCAGUCAGGGCAGUCCCUCAUUCUGCGUUGGGAGUCUGGAAGAAGACUCUCCCUUCCCUUCCUUUGCCCAGAUGCUGAGGGUUGGAAAAGCAAAAGCAGAUGUGUGGCCCAAAACUGCUCCAAAGAAAGAUGAGAACAGCUUAGUUCCUCCUGCCCCUGUGGAGAGCGAUGGGGAGAGUGAUAAUUCAGACCGUGUUCCUGUGCCCAGUUUUCAAAAUUCCUUCAGCCAAGCUAUUGAAGCAGCCUUCAUGAAACUGGACACACCAGCUACUGCAGAUCCCCUCUCUGAAGAGAAAGGAGGAAAGAAAAGAAAAAAACAGAAACAGAAGCUCCUGUUCAGCACCUCAGUCGUCCACACCAAGUGACACUACUGGCCCAGGCUACCUUCUCCAUCUGGUUUUUGGUUUUUGUUUUUUGUUUUUUACCCUCAUGCUUUUGUUUGGCUGCUGUAAUUUUUAAGUAUUUGAGUUUGAACGGAUUAGCUCUGGGGGGAGGGUGUUUCCACAAUGUGAGGGGGAACCAAGAAAAUUUUAAAUACAGUGUAUUUUCCAGCUUCCUGUCUUUACACCAAAAUAAAGUAUUGACACAAGAGAUCUCUUCCUGCCAAGGUUUUUAGUUCAUUGCCAGUUUAGUCUUUUUGACCCAUGUGUAAUUAAUUUUUCUCAACCCAAAAUAAGAUUGAAUCCCUUCGAGAUGCAUUAGAGCAGUCCAACCCGGAAUGGUGCACACACUGCUCUGCUGUAGCAUCAUGUCAGGCCUUCCUGGGCUCAGCACACCUCUGUCUUUUAAAAAACAGCUGAAUCUUUACUACCUAUUUAGUUGUUCUUGUUAAAGAAAUGGGUGGGAAUAAAAUGGAUUUAGGACACCCAGUUUGUAUUGCAGUUUAUUUUUCUUCUGACACAUGGCCAGGCUGUGGUACCAGCUUAAUGGAGUAGGCUGUCCCUGGCACUUGCAUGUGUCAAAGGAGGGUUUUGCCUCUUCUUGGGCAUGGCUUGCGUUGGUAAGGAAAGCUGUAACUCAUGAAGCCCUGAGACCUGCUACCCCUAAGAUCGACCUUGUUUUAGGUGACUGGCUUGAGUCAUAGGAACAGGAGUGUGGUACAGCUGCAGCAGAGCAGGGCCAUCUGAAGCGGUAGCAUUGCCACCAUCUCCCUCUAAUCUAGAGCAGUCUUCUUAUGCCUUGGUUUGAGCUGAAUUUGAUGUAAAUUCUUUUUCUGCUUAAUAAAGUGACCUCUAGGUGUGUUAGAAUGCGAAGGCAAAUAGUCACAAUAAAUCACCUGCACAAGCAA